AGCUGCAUCAUCAAGCGAUACUGUGAGAAGAGGUUUGUGUCCAAGUACCUGGCCACGAUUGGGAUCGACUAUGGAGUUACCAAAGUGCAGAUCAGGGAUCGGGAGAUCAAGGUGAACAUUUUUGACAUGGCAGGACAUCCCUUCUUCUACGAGGUGAGGAAUGAGUUCUACAAGGACACUCAGGGGGUUAUCCUCGUGUAUGAUGUGGGAUUGAAGGAAUCCUUUGAUGCCCUGGAUGCUUGGCUGGCGGAGAUGAAGCAGGAAUUGGGUCCCCAUGGGAACAUGGAGAACAUUGUCUUUGUGGUCUGUGCAAACAAGAUCGACUCCACGAAGCACCGGAGCGUGGAUGAGAGCGAGGGUCGGCUCUGGGCAGAGAGCAGAGGGUUCCUCUACUUUGAGACGUCGGCACAAACAGGAGAAGGGAUCAAUGAGAUGUUCCAGACCUUCUACUCUGCCAUCAUUGACCUGUGUGACAACGGUGGGAAACGUCCUCCUUCCAGCACUGGGGUCAGCUUCACCAAGGAGCAGGCGGAUGCUAUCCGCAGGAUCCGCAACAGCAAGGACAGCUGGGACAUGCUGGGAGUCAAACCUGGAGCCACGAGGGAUGAAGUGAAUAAGGCCUACAGGAAGCUGGCAGUGCUCCUGCAUCCGGAUAAGUGUGUGGCUCCUGGCAGCGAGGAUGCCUUCAAAGCCGUGGUGAAUGCCCGGACAGCUCUCCUCAAAAAUAUCAAGUAG